UUAUGUUUUGAUUUGGCGGUUAAUGGUGUAGGUUAAUUAAUAUUAAUACGAAUACUUCACUUUGUCUUCGUCUGACUCUGACUAGACUACUGAAUUCUGACUUUGUUCGGGAUGGCAGAACAAAAAGAAGAGUAUAAAACCCCUGGUGAAGACGAGGUAGUAGAUGUUCUCUUUGAUGUAACCACAAGAAGAAGCGCCGUACCUAAGAGAGUGGCAAACAUUGAAACAGAAAUUCUUCGACAAAGACAAUAUCUAGCAGAAAAUGUCACAGUAUUGCCUAGUAUGGAUACCAAGAAGGUUGCAACUAAGUAUCCGCUGAAGAAGUCUUUAUCUGCAGUGAAAGAAUCUUCUGAUAAAAAGGGCCAAGAGAUGAUGACUCGUACCAAAUUCCUUUGUGAAAGGGCGGACGCUUUGAAAUCUGCACUUGAACAAGCUAAAAGUGAAAAAGAAAAUAAAGAAAAAAAUUAGAUAUUGAUAGUUAUUGUGGAGCACAAUCGGUAUUUAAAAGACAUUUACUACUGUGUGAAAUGUUGUUGAUUUCCUUUUGUAAUUGUAUUACGUUUCUAUAACUUGUUGACUUUCUAAGGCUUUCCCAAGCUUUUGGCAAAAUUAGAUGUAGGGAAUUUGUUAUUAAACAAUACAACGUACAUUUCAUGAUAUUUAACAUUCGUAAACUUACAUAACUUUUACUUUGUGUUGAGUAUAGUUUUAUAGGUUAUCAAUAGGUCUGCUGGAAAAAAAUAUUUUAUUGAUAUCCUAAAGGUUUCAAAGCUUUGUUUAACCUUGCAUUUAAUACUGUGUUGUAAGUACUCAUAUCGUGGGUACACAGGUUAACUUAUAUUACCUAUUGAUUGGUGAUAGGUUACAUUGAAAGGUUUCCAUAACGUACAGUUUUCUUAUUUAAAUACUCAAGUUAAAUGUAGUUGUUUACCUAUUGUUGUGUUAUAAGUUACCUGAUGUAGUAUUUAUGUUAGAAACAAAGUGGUUUCUAGUGUUUCCUUGGUUGGUUUUGAUAUUUAAUAA